AUGAGUAGAUCACUCGAAAAUCUGCGGGCCGUUGAGAAGCAUUUUGAACUGAAGCAAGAUGAAAGAGGCUUGAUAUUGAAUGCCCUAUCACCCCUUCCAUAUCCUUCAUUGCAUCAAGCUACUGAAAUGUUUCUCACUCACACUCAUCUAUUCACAGCUACCUAUCUUUGCAAUGCAACGCUUUGUGCAAAUAGUAACUGCGAGGUUCCAAACUAUUUGUAUACCUCUAAUUUGACUAAAUCUUUGCAGAAAGUGUUGUUAGAUUUUAGGGUGUACGGUAUAAUAGCUCAGAAAUUCAGUGAUGCAACGAUUACAAAAAUACUAAGGGAAGACAAGUGUGAACUUUAUCCGUUCCAUUUAGAUCAUCCAGAUUUUGUCAAAUUGGUUUUUUCAAUGCGUCUGGCUCUUGCGAAAAACGUUCGAAUGCUCAUCAAGGAUCAGCUCUAUAAUGAAAUUCAUUCAAAGCUGUUUGUGCUUGGAAUCACCAAUGAUAUGGAGAAGAGUAACAUGUAUGCUCUUCAUUGCAAAGUCUCCACCACCUUUGCCCUCAAAGCUGAUCUAGUACCGAACACCAAAGAUGUGGAGCAGUAUUUAAAAACUAUAUCACCUUUGAGUAUGGCACCUUCAACAUCCAGAAAAAAGACUGACCAACCUAACACAGCUAUUCUUAAUUUAGAUUAUCAUCUUACCUCACAGAUAACAAAAGGAGUCAGCAACACAACAGUUGAACUAUGGCUUGGAGAAAUUGUGGCCAAUUCACAAACUUGGAAAAUAUUUCACAAGACAUGUAAACACAGAAAUGAGCUUAACACUUUCUUUGCUUUAUCUAGCAAUGAAAACACCGUCAUUACUCUUGCUGGGACGGUUAUUGAACAUAUGACAAGCAGGGAUGAAAUUAUAAAAGCAUUAUGUGAUUUAAUAGUGCAAGUAGCAAUGUUGGAACAAAAACAAGUCAUACAUAACGACAUUAAGCCAAGUAAUAUUGUAGAAUACAGAUCGCAUUAUUAUCUUAUUGAUUAUGGAAUUGCUACUCGUUUUAGCUCAUGUACAGAUGGCAAGUAUUACGAUAAACAUGGACAGGAGGUAAUAUGUAAGUCUGGCACCCCCGGAUAUAAUGCUCCUGAACGUGAAGAAAAUUUCAUUGUAUCACCCAAAAGUGACAUAUGUUCCUUGGGGCUGUCGAUGUAA